GAGCUGGGAAGAGAAGCAGAAAAGCAAACCAAAAAAAAAAAAAUCAUGGAAGCACUGCUCUCCUCCACAACUCUUCCAGUGAGAACCCUUCACCCUCCUCCCCACUCUCCACCCUGUCUUUCUGCAGUGUUCAGAGUUCAGAGGAGCAGAAAAGCUGCAGAUUCUUGGGCUCAGAGGGCUCAGUUAUCUUUGAGAGUGUUGGCAAGUUCCCAGGCUGCUGUCCCUGCAUCAGCUGAGGCCUCUACAGUCACAUUUUUUCCCUUCGAGAUGAAUGCUUGGACCUAUGGGGAGUAUGGGGGUGUUGAUGUUUUGAAGAUGGAAUCCAAUGUUGCAGUGCCUGAGAUACAGGAUGAUCAGGUCUUGAUCAAAGUUGCUGCUGCGGCUCUCAAUCCUGUUGAUUCCAAGCGCAGACAGGGCAAGUUCAAGGCCACUGAUUCCCCUCUUCCUACUGUACCGGGCUAUGAUGUUGCUGGUGUAGUAGUCCAAGUUGGUAGUCAAGUAAAAGGGCUAAAACAAGGUGAUGAAGUUUAUGGAAACAUAAAUGAGAAAGCAUUGGAAGGACUGAAGCAGUUUGGUUCAUUAGGUCAGUACACUGCAGUUGAGGAGAAACUUUUGGCUUUGAAGCCAAAGAAUCUGAGUUUUGAAGAGGCUGCUGGGCUUCCUCUUGCCAUAGAGACCGCCUACGAAGGUCUUGAAAGGACAGAAUUUUCCUCUGGAAAAUCCAUCCUCGUCUUGGGUGGUGCAGGAGGAGUUGGAUCUCUCGUCAUUCAGCUGGCAAAGCAUGUAUAUGGUGCUUCAAAAGUUGCAGCUACAUCCAGCACUGGCAAGUUGGAGUUGUUGAAAAGCUUAGGUGCUGAUUUGGCUAUUGACUACACAAAGGACAACUUUGAAGACCUACCAGACAAGUUUGAUGUGGUCUAUGAUACAGUUGGGCAGGGAGAGAAGGCAGUUAAGGCGGUGAAGGAAGGCGGGAAAGUGGUGGUGUUAACCGGUGCAGUCACGCCACCCGGUUUCAGGUUCGUAGUAACAUCCAAGGGAGAAGUGUUGACGAAACUCAACCCUUUCCUAGAAAGUGGGAAGGUGAAGCCAGUGAUAGACCCCAAGGGUCCAUUUCCAUUUGACAAGGUUGCAGAAGCAUUUUCUUACCUUGAAACUGGGCGUGCCACUGGGAAAGUUGUUAUACAUCCUAUUCCCUAAGAGCCACUUUAGAGUUGAUGAUUCUUAACAAAGAUAUACUAAGUGGAAGAAAAAGUUUUGCUGUGUAGAGGACUCAGAUUGUGCUCAUUGUUCUACCUACCUUUCAUUGUACAUUUGGAGUAAAGCAUGAUCACAGUACUAUGAUUCAAUAAUCUGUCUAAUUCGGAGCC